AUGCAAAACAGAGAGCCAAACUGGAGGAAAGCGGGUCAAACCAGAGGAUCCACUUCCCUUAACCUUACCUAUACACUUACUUCAAUACUUCAAUUCAGUCUUCUUUCUCUUUCUCUUUUCUCUGUUUCUUUCUUUUAUCAAACAACAAAGACACCCAUUUCUCCUUUCUCUCUCUUUCCCUCUCUGUUCUUUGGCUCAGAUCCAGUUUCUUGAAAACAACGGCAUAUGUCAUGUUUUGUGAUGCAAGGUUUUCAGCAUAAUGAAGCAAAGCUAUUAUAUUUUAUAAGAACGUAGAGUGCUUCUAUUUCAGAAGAGUAGAGUAAUUGGGAUACGCUGUGGGAGGAGCCAAUCGUUGUAGCAUGUUUUCUCAUACUUGAAGUUUUAGACAUUGGAAGCAAUAUUUUAUGAGAAAAAUAUUAUGGAGGAAAUCCAGUCUCAAUCAGAUAAUUAUAGGUCUUCAUCAUCUUCAGCAAGUAGUCCAGUGAGUAGAGUACCUUCGAGUAACUUUUUUUACUUGCGAAAACCUGGUUCACUUCGACAGCCUAUCUCCUUUGAGGAUUCACCAGACUGGGAGGAAACAGAUAUAGAUGUGAGGAUGGAGGAAGGGGGUGACUCCAUCAAUGUUGCAACCACCCCUGCUUCACCCUCUCUCUCUAAACUUAACAGUUGUUCCUUGCCAUCCCCUCCAUUACCAGAGGGUGCAGGUGUUGCAAGAAAAAUUUCUGGGGCAUACAUUGCAUGGAAAGAUUUGACUGUAACAAUAAAGGGGAAAAGGAAGUAUUCUGACAAGGUUGUGAAAAGUUCCAAUGGUUAUGCAUUGCCUGGAACUAUGACUGUAAUAAUGGGUCCAGCAAAAUCAGGGAAGUCUACACUGCUAAGGGCACUUGCAGGAAGAUUACAUCGUUCAGCAAAAAUGUAUGGUGAAGUAUUUGUUAAUGGAACAAAAUCACGCAUGCCGUAUGGGUCAUAUGGUUUUGUUGAGAAAGAGACGACUUUGAUUGGUUCCCUCACAGUCCGGGAGUUUCUUUUCUACUCAGCAUUGCUUCAACUACCUGGUUUCUUUUUUCAGAAAAAGAAUGUGGUAGAGGAUGCCAUCCAUGCAAUGUCAUUAAGUGAUUAUGCAAAUAAGCUAAUUGGAGGCCACUGCUAUAUGAAGGGCCUUCCUAAUGGUGAGAGAAGACGUGUUAGCAUUGCUAGAGAACUUGUUAUGAGACCGCAAAUAUUAUUCAUCGAUGAGCCACUUUAUCAUCUUGACAGUGUAUCUGCACUUUUAAUGAUGGUGACAUUGAAGAAACUUGCAAGCACUGGUUGCACUCUUGUUUUUACCAUCAACCAGAGCAGCACGGAAGUAUUCGGCCUUUUUGAUCGAAUUUGUUUGCUUUCAAAUGGAAAUACACUGUUUUUUGGAGAAACACUGGCUUGCUUGCAGCAUUUUGCUAAUGCUGGAUUCCCUUGUCCAAUCAUGCAAAGUCCUUCUGAUCACUUCUUACGAGCAAUAAAUACAGAUUUUGAUAGAAUCAUUGCAAUGUGCAAGAAUUGGCAGGACGACCAAGGGGAGUUUUCAUCAGUGAAUAUGGAUACUGCUGUUGCAAUCCGCACACUUGAAGCAACAUAUAAAUCAUCAGCAGAUGCUGCUGCGGUUGAAACUAUGAUAUUGAGACUAACAGAUAAGGAAGGUCCAUCUCUUAAAAGCAAGGGAAAAGCGAGUAAUUUAACGAGGAUUGCAGUUUUGACUUGGAGGUCUUUAUUGGUUAUGUCAAGGGAAUGGAAGUAUUAUUGGCUUAGGCUUAUACUUUAUAUGCUACUUGCAGUUUGUAUUGGUACAGUAUUCUCUGGAUUAGGGCAUUCUUUGUCUUCAGUUGUGACAAGAGUUGCAGCAGUUUUUGUAUUUGUUUCAUUCACUUCUCUUCUAAGUGUUGCUGGAGUACCUGCUCUCAUGAGGGAGGUUAAGAUAUAUACUAGUGAAGAAUCAAAUUAUCAUUCUGGCGCAUUCGUCUUCCUACUUGGGCAACUUCUCUCCAGCAUACCCUUCCUCUUCCUCAUUUCUAUCUCUUCAAGUCUCGUCUUCUAUUUCUUAAUAGGACUCCGUGACGAAUUCAGAUUGUUGAUGUACUUCGUGCUAAACUUCUUCAUGUGCCUCUUAGUAAACGAAGGACUGAUACUGGUUAUGGCCUCCUUAUGGAGAAAUAUAUUCUGGAUCGUUUUGACACUCGUAUCUGCACAUGUGCUAAUGAUGCUUUCGGCAGGUUAUUUUCGAAUUCGAAAUGCUUUGCCGGGUCCUGUCUGGACAUAUCCAUUAUCUUAUAUUGCUUUCCACACCUACUCCAUACAGGGGCUAUUGGAGAAUGAGUACCUUGGAAGUUCCUUCGCAGUUGGUGAGGUAAGAAACAUAACUGGUUACCAGGCUCUCCAUAGUGCAUAUGAAAUCUCUUCUAAUACUCACUCCAAAUGGAAGAAUUUGUUGGUGUUAUUUCUCAUGGUAGUAGCCUACCGUGUCAUAGUUUUUGUUCUUUUACGUUUUCGUGUAGGUAAAUUUACGAGUUUGCGUAAAGGUUUUCGUUGUAAUCGGGAUAUGAAAGAUUGAAAAAUGCGAUUUGCCACUAGUAUAGCUUUUUGUUUAGAUGUCUACAACAUUAGUUUUAUAGUUUUGUUGUGCACAUUCAAGGAAUGAUGCAAGUUAGUCUCUUCUAUUCAUUUUGUUUGCAAAUUGUAAGCCUCUUCCCUCCUCUUAAUCCCUUCUUCCCCUCGAGGGAAAGCUGCUGCUUAUUAUUUUUAUUUACAUUGUACAGAUAUUAAUCGAAUCGGAUUCAAAUAUAUAUUUUUCUUCAAUAUUACAUUA